CUCCGAGCGACCCAACCACUGGGUAGUAAGUACUACUAAGUAGUGCGUUACCGCUGAACCAUGAACCGACAAGAGAAGAAAAGGGAACCUAAAUUCACCGGGAUUUGGUGCCCAUGGUCCCCGCGCCGUGUGCCAAUCAGCUGCCGUGCGACUACGGUUCGGAGCGCUCCUUUCCCUGCUGGACCCAACCACAAUCGAGGCGUCGGUAACUCAAGGGCUUCUCCUACGCCAAUGGGAUAGCGCCGCGGCUGUCGCUUAACCUUUGGGACUGACUUGCAUCACUCCGUGCCCACCU